AAAGGAUACUCUCCACUUUGAAGCCCUACUCUCCUCUUUCACCUCAGAUAGGACUGUUUCAGCUGAGGUUUGAGCAAUGGCUCCUAAAGGUUGAUCACGCCAUCCACCAUAAAAGCUUUGGCAUGAAAAAACUCAUUGUUUAAUUCUCCACUUCUUCCUAUUUCUUUCCGGUAAAACUCAUUGUUUCGUUAAACUGUCUAACAUUUAAAUCUCUUGGUCUAGUAUUAGUUUUAUCAUACUCACGUUUGAUAUCAUGAGUUCCUCUUUUAAAUCGUCACCGGAGAUUGAAAUGAGUUUUCUUUGUGAUGUGAAAAAUCAUAGAGUCGUUUUUCUUGAAGCAAAUGCCAAAUUUGUGGACAUUUUAUUUGGUUUUUUAGGGGUUUCCAUUACUUCUUUAGGGAAGUUAGGAAUUGGUGCUAUGCCCAAAAUUUGUGAGAGUUUAGCUAGUAUAGGAACUAGUCAUCUUCAACCAGAGUUUAAAAGCUCAGAGUUUUUGGAACUUAAGCCAACAGAUGAGCAAUGGUGUAAUAAAGUAUAUGACUUGUUGAAUGGGAAAUCGUUCUCGUAUUCUUGUGUCCCAUUGUAUUUGUGUCAAGAAUGUUAUUUUCAAGCUAAGUUUGUUCCUACCUAUAUCACUACUGAUCCUCUUGCACUGUGUAAACAAUGUGGAAAACCUAUGAAUUUAAGUCUCCACCGUGAUCUUGAUGGAGAUAUAAUUGUUAGGGAUGAUAUAAUAUUUCACAUAUUUGAUGAUAUGACUAUUAAGCCACAAGGAGAUCAUUUGGACGUCUUAAAUGAUGUUAAGAAGAUGGGAUUCAAAUGGGGUGAUUUGAAGGAAAUGAAAUUGACUUUUACGGCUGAAAUGAUUUGCACCAUGCUGAAGACACUUCCAAGUGUUGGGGAGAAAAAAUCGGUUUUAACUGAUUUAUUCAUUGAGAAGCUGAUGAAGAAGUGAUUAUCCCACAGUCAACAUGAGUCCAUUGACUAGAGUCAUAAGCAUAGCUCCUCCCACAGUCACUGUGGUUCCCAAUAUCUUUGCCUGGCUGUGCAGCUUUCUUAUAUGAACCAUCUCAAGCCUACAAAUUGCAAACCAGAAGUUCAAUCGAGUAACUAAUUGUAGUAUAUAGUGAAAAUAAAUGAAAUAAUAGAGAUCAAUAUCUGAAAAUCCCAGCCAUUAUGCAAAGGCAUGAAGAACAUUGCACAUGGUAGUUGUAAAUGUUGCUGUUGUUAGCUUACUUCCAGUAUUGAACAAGUUCCCAUCGAUUACAGGCCUGAUUGUAACAGAUCAGAAAGACAAUCAACUUGAUUAGUACUA